AUGAGUCACCUUGAACCGAUUCCGGAGGAAGUCUAUGACGAGGAGAUGCGUCAGCUCUACCUGGAAAUGCUUGCCGCUGACGACGCGCUGUUCAAGGCCGUGGAUCCGGAGAACCACGGCGACGACCGUGUCUCGAACGAGCCGCCGCUCUCCCUGGAGGGAUACGAGAUCAUCAAGCCGAUUGAGUCGGAGAAGGACUUCGAGGUCAUCGACAAGUCGGAGGUCGAGAAGAUGGAGGAGCCGAAAUCGAAGAAGGUGAGCUUUUCACCGUUCUAAUAGCAGCUCGGCUAUUCGACGCGGUCUUAAACUCAGAGUUUUGAGACGUCAUCCAAUUCCGAAUAACUUUGCAGGUUCUCCCGGGAGAGAAGGCCAACGGCGUCGGGGAGGUGCCGGGCGAAUCGACGAUCGAGGAGCUGGACACCGAUCACGGCGUCAUGAUCACCAUCGACUUUCCGAAGAACUACAAAAAGUAG